AUGGAAGAUUCUCUUUUAUCGGGAGACGAGCAGAUAACCACCGGAAAUCUAAAGCAAACGCCGUCAUGGCGGUUGGAUUUCACGGCGGAGAUGAAGAACGUCAGCUGCAUGGCCGCACCUAUGGCCACCGUUACCGUUGCUCAGUAUCUAUUGCCUCUUAUCUCCAUCAUGGUCGCCGGUCACCGUGGCGAGCUCCAGCUCUCCGGUGUCGCUCUUGCCACUUCCUUCGCAAACGUCUCCGGCUUUAGCAUCAUGGCUGGGUUAGUGGGUGCACUUGAAACUCUUUGUGGCCAAGCUUAUGGAGCCAAACGAUACGCCAAAAUGGGAACUUACACUUACUCUGCAAUAGCCUCCAACGUACCCAUUUGUUUCCUCAUUUCGAUUGUUUGGAUUUACAUGGAAAAACUCUUGAUUUCAAUCGGACAAGACCCUGAAAUCUCCAAGCUAGCUGGCUCCUAUGCGGUCUGGCUUAUACCUGCGUUGUUCGCUCAAGCUGUUCAACAACCUCUGACUCGGUUUCUCCAGACUCAGGGUUUGGUUAUACCUCUUCUUUAUUGUGCCUUGACCACCCUUUUAUUCUAUAUACCUGUUUGUUGGACUCUGGUCUUCACGUUUGGUCUCGGAAGCAAUGGAGCUGCCCUGGCUAUUAGUCUGUCUUACUGGUUUAACGUCUUGAUUCUUGCUGUCUAUGUGAGAUUCUCCAGUUCUUGCGAGAAGACUCGCAGUUUUGUAUCUCAUGAUUUUGUCUCUGGUGUCAAGCAGUUUUUUCAUUAUGGAAUUCCAUCAGCAGCAAUGACUUGCUUAGAGUGGUGGUUGUUUGAGCUCCUUAUAUUGUCCUCAGGACUCCUCCCUAACCCAAAACUGGAGACCUCUGUUCUUUCAGUUUGUCUUACAAUAGGAUCUCUACACUAUGUCAUUCCAAUGGGUAUUGCUGCUUCUGCGAGCACAAGGAUUUCAAACGAAUUGGGAGCCGGAAAUCCCAAGGUUGCUAGGCUGGCAGUGUUUGCCGGUAUUUGCCUUUGGCUCCUAAAGGCUACUAUUUGUAGCACGAUUCUCUUCACUUUCAGAAAUAUCUUCGGCUAUGCUUUUAGCAACAGCAAAGAAGUUGUGGACUAUGUCACAGAGCUAUCACAUUUGCUCUGUCUCUCAUUUAUCGUUGAUGGAUUUUCCGCGGUGCUUGGUGGGGUUGCUAGGGGAAGUGGAUGGCAACAUAUUGGAGCUUGGGCAAAUGUAGUGGCUUACUAUCUCAUAGGAGCUCCGGUUGGACUUUUCUUAGGUUUUUGGUGUCACAUGAAUGGGAAAGGGCUAUGGAUCGGUGUGAUCUUUGGGUCUACGGCGCAAGGAAUCAUACUGGCUAUAGUCACUGCUUGCAUGAGUUGGAACGAACAGGCUGCCAAGGCAAGAAAAAGAAUAGUCGUAGGGACUUCUUCGUUUGGCAAUGGAUUUGCUUGA